AUCACUUCUGUAAUUCUUCUUCAGAAAAAUGUUGCAAUUAGUAGGAGCAUUUAUUUUGCAUUUUUUGGUGGUUAAACCCCGACGGAAUUGGGGAUCCUUUAAUUCUUCUCAUAUCAUAUCAUAUCAAUUUGGUGAAGAAUUGGAUUGAAUUGAAUUGAAUUGAAUCGAAUCGAGGGCCGAAGCAGUUUAGUGAUGUUCUAUGGCGCGGCGGCGUGGGACCCGUGGCUGAUAGUGGCGCAAAUUGUGUGCCUUCAAUGUCUGUACUACCUCACUCUAGGGUUAUGCCUCUCGGUUCUCGUCGCUCCCCGCGUCUCCAAGAUGAGCCUCGUCUAUUUCUUCGAUUUCGCCACUGUUACUGAUUGGGGCGUUAUCGCUUCCAGUUUUCUCACCUCUAUUGCUGGAGCUGGAGUUUUGGUUUAUUUAGUUGAGAGAACAAGGAAAUGCUUGGAUUUUUCCUCUACCCUUUACAUCAUACAUCUUUUCAUUUGCUUGUUGUAUGGAGGUUGGCCCUCAACUAUUACCUGGUGGGUUGUGAACAUUACUGGCUUAGCAGUGAUGGUACUGUUAGGUGAACAUUUGUGCAAGAAACGUGAGUUACGAGACAUUCCAGUUGGAAGAUACAGAUCAAUGCAUUAAGGAUGACUCUGUAAGAAAGCUUUUGCAAAGGGCAAGGAGCUCAUCUCAUUUGGAUCAUGGGAAGUGGCUAAAUGAAGUUGACCUUUCUUCUAUCCAGUCUAGAGACAUCAAAAUACAUAUAUCUGUAGAUUUGAAUUUCGCUCCCAUCAUUUCCAUAAUUAAAUGGUCCAGUGUAUUGAAUUAGUUUGAUCUAACCAUUGACAUUGCAUGAGCAUUUAUAAGAAGUGCAUGGAAAUUGCUGAGUUGAUAA